ACCCACACGUAGUCUCUCGAUCCGGCUCAGGGCAAAGGAGGAGGCGACGGAGGCACGCCGGCGCCCAAGCAAGUCCCGAUAGCGCCACCCCCGCCCCGCCCCCCGACUCGUGUGGAGGAUUCAUCGAUCUGGGCAUCUGAUCUGUUCACCCCAACUGUUUCACCCCGUCUCCUCUUUCAGCCAGCCAAUGCCGAUGCAAACAGUCCACAAAACUAGCCACGCAGCAGAGGAAGCUGUUGAUCGCCAAGAUGAUACUACUACCAAAGCCACAGACGGAUCGACAAAAGCCCAAGAGGAUGACGCUCUUUGCCGUGAAGGCAACGGUAAAAGCGCCACAUAUAAGCCCGAUGAUCCAUGGAACCCUCCCCGCCCGCCUCCCCAUCCCUCAAUACUCGCCUUACAGUGCCCUCAUCAGUAUAACAUGAAGUACUUGCAUCAGAUUGCCGAUUUCCUUUCCGAAGUCAGAGCCACCAACAUAAUCGUCCCAGACCGCACCCCCAAGGAGACAACGCUAAAAUUCUAUGACAUAUUCGGCCAUCUGUUGAAUGUUCUCAAAAAAGAUAGUGUUUCGGGCUUCCUUCGCCUCUUCAAAAAGUAUAGGGGGCACUUGGUUGCUGGAUACGUCAUCACCCCACAAACCCUUGACCUGAUUAUUACAGAGAAUGCCCUGCGCUGUGCUAAGCUUGUUUUGGAGGGGAAGGCGCCUGAGCUCCGUGGGAUGCGCGCCAACCCCAACUACAUGACCAGCUUCGGGUACUUCCCCCUCCACAUAACUGCCCAGAUAUUCUCCGCCGACAUGGUUAAGAUACUGCUCCGCUAUGGUGCAUUGGCUAAUCUACGCACCUGUGAAAGAAUCAUCGAGGGCCUCCUCCCACUUCAUGUUGCCAUCGAGAACACUUGCCAGCACACGUAUCUGGAGGACAAUCUAUUAGCUGAUGAGAGCUACCUGAAGGGGUAUGCCGAGUACAUCUACAGGCUCAUACAUCUGCUUUGCCUUCCUGAGAUGAAGAUCUUCUUGGACACCAUUAGAUUGCUUGCAGCUCACACGGAUAAUGUUGUCGAUGAGCUCUGGAAUUACAUCGAGCAUGGGAAGAUUGUCCCUGCAGCCAUUCUUCUCCUUGCAGCUCAAAGGCGAUUCCAUAAGCUCAAUGGUUUUGAUACGAUCAAGAACCGUAUUGAUGAUUCUAUAUUCUCCCUGAUAAGGGAGGGGUGUGGAUUGCAAAUUGGUAAAAACACCAAGGCAGCAAAGCAGCGGAAGGAGAAGGAAGUACGUUUCUAUAAUGCAUUGUUCCUUGUUAGGAUACUUCUGAAAGCUGGUGAAGCCCUUGAUGAAUAUAUUCAAACUCAUUCAGAGGCAUCUCAUCAGGAGGUCCAUGGAAAAGUUUCAGCAAUUCUUCAGAAUUAUGAUGUUGGUCCUCAUGGAAAAGGAAUUUGCGUUGAAGAGCUUAAAUGCCGCUCCUAUGACUGCGGAGUGCCCAAUAGUGUAUUACAUGGACGCGGGAACAAAGAUUCGACCAAAACAGCCACAGGAUCACCAACUCUGGAUGUCAAGGCAAAAAAAGCUGUGAGAAGGAAACCACGCAGAGGAGAAGACCUCUGGUACUCAAGGGACCAGUUCAUACCGAUAUGGAGGUCGGUGCUGAGCGCACGGUUUAUCACGAGGCUCAUUCCAUCCUAUGUGCCGAAGAAAGAGUUUGCAGAUCUUCAGCCUCAAACUCAAAUCCAGCUUGGCUUGUUGGAGAGAAGGUAUAUUUUCUACAAUCCGUUCUCUGCAAGUAACUGCCGAUCAACCAGAAGGCGAUUUGGGCCCGCCGCGUCAACUCUCCUGAAGACUGAAGCGCGUCGUGUGACGAUCGAGCACUGGCGAGAAGGUAUAAUAGUUUUACUUGUUAGUUGAAGCUUCUGAACAUAGACGG